CAGAGAGUGUAACGGGCUAUGAAAAGACAAGAGCGAUGUAAGGCGGCUCUGGUCCCUGACAUCCAAGCCCGGAGCGGCCUCUCCCUAACCACGGUGCCGCUCUGGGGAACAGCCCGGGAGCCAGGGGUAGAGCAGCGCGCAGAGGUGCGCGAGGUCGUCGGAGCUGCGGUGAGGGUCACCAGAGCCCCACCCUCGGGGGAGGGCGAGAGGGCGGGAUCUCAGCCCAGCCCGCGGCCGUGACGCCCCUUCGGCGCCACCGCCCCAGAGGCGAGCUUGCUCCGGGCAAGGGCGGGGCCGUGCCGGUCCGCCAGGUGCGCGCCGCGCGGCCUAGUGGGCGGUCCGGCCUAGACCCCGCCCCCUGGGCGUCCAUAAAUGCGCGGGGCCCGCAGCGUAGCGGCCCGGAGCGUGGCUUUCUGGGCCCGGGGCGGUUAGCGUGGCCCUCAUCUGCGUGGGGUCACGCCCGGCUCGGGGCGGACUCGCAGGUCCAGCCAUGCUGUUCUGGCACACGCAGCCCGAGCAUUACAACCAGCACAAUUCCGGCAGCUACCUGCGGGAUGUGCUCGCCCUGCCCAUCUUCAAGCAGGAGGAGCCCCAGCUGUCCCCUGAGAAUGAAGCCCGCCUGCCGCCCUUGCAGUAUGUGCUGUGUGCUGCCACAUCCCCAGCUGUGAAGCUGCACGAGGAGACACUGACCUACCUCAACCAAGGUCAGUCUUACGAAAUCCGACUGCUGGAGAAUCGGAAGCUGGGAGACUUUCAAGAUCUGAACACAAAAUAUGUGAAAAGCACCAUCCGUGUGGUUUUCCAUGACCGCAGGCUGCAGUACACAGAGCACCAGCAGCUGGAGGGCUGGCGAUGGAGCCGGCCUGGGGACCGGAUCCUGGAUAUAGAUAUCCCACUGUCUGUUGGUAUCUUGGACCCCAGGGCCAGCCCGACCCAGCUGAAUGCAGUUGAGUUUUUGUGGGACCCUUCGAAGAGAGCCUCUGCAUUCAUUCAGGUGCACUGUAUCAGCACAGAGUUCACUCCAAGGAAGCACGGGGGUGAGAAGGGAGUGCCUUUCCGAGUGCAGAUUGAUACAUUUAAGCAGAACGAGAAUGGGGAGUACACGGAACACUUGCACUCGGCCAGCUGCCAGAUCAAGGUGUUCAAGCCCAAGGGAGCUGACCGGAAACAGAAGACUGACCGGGAGAAGAUGGAGAAAAGAACCGCCCAGGAGAAGGAGAAGUACCAGCCAUCCUAUGAAUCCACCAUUCUCACAGAGUGUUCUCCGUGGCCUGAUGUGGCCUACCAAGUGAAUAGCGCCCCCUCUCCAAGCUACAAUGGCUCUCCAAGCAGCUUUGGCCUUGUCGAAGGCAACACCUCUCCGACCCAUCCGGUGGAGGCCUUGCCCCUGGGUGGCGAUCACCUGCUCCCAUCAGCCUCCAUCCAGGAUGCCCAGCAGUGGCUGCACCGCAAUAGGUUCUCACAGUUCUGCCGGCUCUUUGCCAGUUUUUCAGGUGCUGACUUGCUGAAGAUGUCUCGGGAUGAUUUAGUACAGAUUUGUGGCCCUGCAGAUGGCAUCCGGCUCUUCAAUGCCAUCAAAGGCAGGAAUGUGAGGCCGAAGAUGACCAUUUAUGUGUGUCAGGAGCUAGAGCAGAACCGCGUCCCCCAACAGCAGAAGCGGGAUGGUGGCGGGGACAGCAGUCUAUGUGUAUACCAUGCCAUCUUCUUGGAAGAGCUGACCACCUUGGAGUUAAUUGAGAAGAUCGCCAAUCUGUACAGCAUUGCCCCCCAGCACAUUCACCGCGUGUACCGGCAGGGCCCCACAGGUAUCCAUGUGGUGGUCAGCAACGAGAUGGUGCAAAAUUUCCAAGAUGAAUCUUGUUUUAUCCUCAGUACCUUGAAAGCCGAGAGCAAUGACGGCUAUCACAUCAUCCUGAAAUGCGGCCUCUGAACAGAAGAAGAGCAUGUAACUGCUUCCGGCUCCCAGCCCCAUGGACCCCCUUGGAUGUAGAAAUCUCACUGUAAGCUGCAGCUUGCAGCUUCCCUGACAAGCUGUGGCUAGGAGGGACCUUGCCCAGUCCAGGAAGACCACAGACCAACAACCAGCAGAAACCUAUGAUGCAGCAGUCUCUUCCUCAUGGGAAGCUGGUGGCUCUCCUCCCCCUUGUUCCUGGUCUCCAGCUUUUGAACAGCGCCUUAUUCUUUUUCCCAGUGCUGCCACUCUAAACUCCCUUAGUUAGGGCUGGUUCACUGGAGAACCUUAGUGCCACCAGUAUUGGUUCCUUCUGACCCCUUUCCUGCCUCUAGAGCAAGCUCUGCCUCACCCAUGAACCUUCACCUGCUCUGGGAACUGGCUCCAGGGCCAGGGUUGCUUACUGGGGGCAGUUUGCUACCCUUAUCUUGUGAGCAUCUGUGUUUCUUGUUCUUGAUGGACUGAUGGGAGAGGGUUUAUUCUGUGCCGCUGUGUCUCUCACCUUUACUUUGUUUCUAAGGAUGUGCUCCCACAAAGCCCAGUAAUGGGCUCCUGUCUCUGCAUUGGCAAUGUUGACACCACAGUGCAUGGUAGGACCUCGUUGUGGGGCUCAGGAGGGAGUGAGGGAGGAUAAAAAUACUCUUCAGGUUCUUUCUCAUGAGAGUAAAAGGGAUGAGAACAAAAUAAUUCCUCUUGAGCUCUUCUGGUGUAUUUCCUAAGCAGUCGUGAGUAAUGAGGACUAGAAAGUGAGCAUUCCAUUUGUCUUCAUCAGCUGCCUUUGACUGCUAUGAUGGCAGGCCAUCUUGGAUGGACUUAACCAAAUCCCAUUUAGAGAAGACCUUGGUUAUGCACUGCCACCCUUGCCACAUUUCCUAGGGACCUUGUGUUUUUUGUUAAGGACCCAAACUUAAAUGUUCAUCCCUUUUCAUUUGUAGUGGGUGUGCACAGGGCAUUUGGUUGCAUUGGAAUGGUUGGGUCACUUACUUGGCCUAACUAUGGGGAAGCUGAAAUAUCAGUAACUGGUAAACUCAGGAAUUAGACUGUCUUAAGCUAUAUUUCCCAGGCCCCAGUGGUGGAUACUGGCCCAAGAUUUCAACCCUUUACUAAGCUACGUUCAUCCCCCAAAGUAUGGUGAGCCCUGUGAACUGCUUGUAAGGUGGGCUUCUGGGGAAUCUAAUGCUAGGGUCAAAGAUGGUCAGAACUGGAUGGACCUUGCUUUACAGAUGAAGAAUCUGGAGCCCAGAGCAGCACAAAGAUACCUGCUUGGUUUCACAUGGUGGUAGAGCAGUGAUGCCAAUUUAUCACAUGAACCAGAGAAAUAGGCUAUAGUCAUUAUUAUGUUGGGACAACAGGUGUGGCAUUCCUACAGCAUAAGGGCAGGCUCCUGAGUCCUUUUCCUUUUGGAGGAGGCCAGCCAGUGGUCUGAUGUGGCUUCAUUGAGAUGCAAGUCAUAUACCAUCCAUUCACCCCCUUACGGGGUACAAUGUAUGGUUCUUAGUAAAUAAGCAGAAUUAGCCCAGUCAACUUUAGAGUGUUAACAUCAUCCUCAAAAGAAACCCUGAGUCCUUAGCAUUCACUCUCCUGCUUUCUCCUGCUCCCCCCAGGUCAUAGGCAGCCAUGAAUCUACUUUCUAUCUGUAUUUCCCUAUUUUGGACAUUUCAUGUAUAUGGAAUCACACAAUUUCUGGUCUCUGGUUACUAGCUUCCUUCAUAUAGCAUAAUGUUUUCUAGGAUCAUCCAUGUUAAACGUUUCAGAACUUAAAUCGAAAUUUUAUAGAUAAAUUUCCAUUUUUUAUAGAAAAAAAUCCAAAGAUUUCACUCUUUGGAUAAUGCCGCAUUUUGUUUUAUCAGUUGAUGAAUAUUUGAGUUGUCUACAUUUGGCUGUUAAGAAUAAUGCUUCUAUGAAUAUAUUUGUACAAGUUUUUGUGUGGAUAUAUAUUUGCAUUUCUUUUGGGAAUACACAAAGGAGUGGAACUGCUGGGUCAUGUCAUGUAGUAAAUCUAUGUUUAACUUUUGGAGGAACUGCCAGGCUGUUUUCCAAAACAACUCUACCAUUUUCCAGUGCUGUCAGGUAGUGUUUGAGGAUUCAAGUUUCCCCACAUCCUCCACCAGCACUUGUUAUUAUCCAUCUUUUUGACUAUAGCAUUUUAGUGUGUGUGAAGUGAUAACUCAUUGUCAUUUUGAUUUGCAUUUCCCCCAUGGCUAAUGAUGUUGAGUGUCUUUUAAUGUGCUCAUUGGCCAUUUGUAUAUCUUCUUUGGAGAAAUGUCUCUUCAGAUCCUUUGCCCAUUUUUAAAUGGGUUGUCUUUUUAUUAUUGAGUUUUAUGAAUUCUUUGUAUAUUCUAGAUGCAGGUCUUUUAUCAGAUAUAUGAUUUAUAAAAAUAUUCUAUUCAGCAGGUCACUUUCUUUUUAUGUCCUUUGAGGCACAAAAAUUUUUAAUUUUGAUGAUGUCCAAGAUACCUAUUUUUUUCUUCUGUUGCUUGUGUUUUUGGUUUUGGUGUCAUAUCUAAUAAAUACUUGUAUAAUCCAAACUCAAGAAGACUAAUGCCUGGGAGUUCUAUAAUUGUAGUUCUCCAGUGGUCUGUGACUCAUUUUGAGUUUAUUUUUACAUACUGUGUGAGGGAGAGGUCUAACUUCGUCCUUUUGCUUGUGGGUACCCAGUUGCCCAGCACCAGCUGUUGAAAAGACCAUAGGAAUCCCCAUGGACUUGUCUUGGCCCCUUUGCUAAAGGCCCCUGAUUCUUACUGGAUCUUUUUUUCCUGGGAUAUGGGGCUGCCAUUGGGAAGCUCACCUUCUUUAAAAAGUUAAUCCAUGUUUGGUUCCACCAUUUUUACAACUGACUUUAUAUAGUCUCUUUUUGCCAUCUCCCGCUUUACCUGUCUCAAUGAGACAGGCUCAUACCGCUCUCUGAUGUUCUGCACUCUUUGUUGGUGCAUAUUCUAGCUCCACACAUUAGUUCUGCUGGAAGAUCAAGGCCAGUUAUUUCCUUUGGGGAGACUGAGUCCCGUGGAGUGGAACGACUUGCCCAGGUUCACACAGAACCAGCAGCAGACCUUUGGUCUUCUGACCCCAGUCUUUCAACGUGUCCGUUGGUCACUAGACUUAAGUAAUGCCACUAUCCAGGCCAAGUGAUGACAGACUUAAUUUUAAUUCUAAAAUUGUGGUAGGCUAAUGUUUUUAUUUCUUAAUUCCAACCUUAAGUUUGCUGUUAGUAGUCUUCCAUUUUCUGGGUCUGCCACUGUUUCCUUAACUCCUCCUGAUGGUCAUAAUGAGAUCUCUUAGCUUAGAAAGAAGUAGAAAAUAUUGAGUACCAAAAAAGAAUACACCUGGUAAUUUGGUAACAGAAUGUUUUAGCUGCCUGAUUUGACAGUGUGUUCCUUCCACAGGAGUCAGAUGAGCUAGUUACAGGCUUUAUUUUUUUUCCUUUUAUUGAAGUGUAGAAAAGCCAUAACUCUUUGCCUAGUCCACUGUCUUUCCUCUAAGCUGUGAGUCCAGAGUUUGGGCCUGCUGGGCAGGGCAGCCCCUCCCAGAACUGUCUGCACCCACGUAUCUAGGCUGUGGCCUCUCCUUGGCAGCAGCAAUUUUUAAAAGUGAUCGCCAGAAGAAAAGAAGAUACACCUGUGUGCUCAGGUCAUUGCCUUGAACCAGAAGCUCAAACUGAGCUCUUUAUUAUCAGGCCAUCACAUUUCUUUGCCAGGCAAGUGUCUGUUUGCAUGGUUGUGAUAAACCUUUUCUUGUUUACCAGGUUGUGUCUAUACAAUAAAGACACAGAGGCUUUUGAUGGCGGUGGGGUAGGGUGGGGGCAGUAGGAUUUGCUGGGGGAAGGGGUGGUAGGCCUUUGGAAAGAGCAGGAUAAGGGUGGGCAGCUUAGAAGUCUUUGCUUGGGGUCCUGAGCAAAGGUCAGAUGUCUCACUGUGACCUGCCCAGUGGGCCCUGGGAACCUAGACGGAGCUGGGUGGGCGUCAGAGCAUGUGGCACAAGUUUCCAAGUCUAGAGUGGCUUCAAGGGCUGGCCUGAGCAGCUGAAGGUCUGAAAAUCAUUAGUGAGUUGAUGAAGAAAAUGGAAAACCUCUUUGGCUGGUGUCAGUGGAGCAGAGAGAGGAACUCUGAGGCUCUCAGAAGGUGGAGAAGCAGAGGACAGGUAGGGAGAUCACAUGCUAGCCGCUCCUGAGGUGCAGAAAGAGUUGGAAGGACAGAACCAAGAUUGAGGGCCCCUUGGUCCCCAGACUUUCCACCUGGAGUGAGACUCUGCCUGUGGGUCUCUGUCUUCUCCUCUGAAAAAUAAGGCCGGGAGACCCCUAGAGUCAUGGCUGCUUCCGUCACGAGGUAAAUCCUGGUUUUCCCUCCUUUAGAGUCAUUCAGUGGCAGGUGACACAUGUGCAUCACCUGGUUGUGUGGUGCUGCUAAUGCUGCUGCUUAGGCUGGUGCAUGCACUGCCGCAGGCCAUGCGCCUCAGCAGGACGCUCAGCAUCUCGGUCAUGUUAAGCUGACCACUCCACCAGCAUCCUUGGAGGGGCCACCAGGUGUCCCUGGCAACACGAGAUUGACGCGGUGCUGUCUGGCUCUGAAUCUACCUUGAAGAUGCGUGUCUGCCUGCUCAGAUCCCUGUUCCUUGCUCCUGUGUCUGACAUGAAUAUUCUCAGCUAGAUGUGCUGUUGUUCCCUUUAGAUCUUAGGUAAUGCUCCUGGUUCAGGCUCUGUAGAUGAAGCUAGGUAGGGUGAAGUUGCCCUGGUUGGGGGAUGUGCACAGCUCCUGGGGAAGGGAGCAGUGCUGGCAGCUGACAUCUGAAAAGGAUCCCAAAUGACAGGCCGGGGAGUUGGUCUCCCACACAGGUAUACACAUUCAUGCCUAGGAUUACAUAUAUACUCUGUCAUAGUGUCAGCCAGCUAGCCAGUAGGAAAUGUAUGUACACCUUCUGUGUUGCCUCCCUGUCCCAUUCCCUUCACCUGAUGUGGACAGGCUGUGGAGUCUUCAGUUGGUCCUUGGCCUGGAGACAUGAAGGUUGCAGUGAAGCCACUGAUAGGGCCUGGGGACAGUGAGGUGCUAGUCAGGCCACCCCAGGCCUCCUUUGUGGUACUCACCCAGGGGCACCUUUGAGCUCUGUGAAGCCACUGCCAAGCUCUCCAGGUAUCUCCACAUAGGCUUCUCCUGGGCUUUCCUCCCUCCCUUCCCUCCCCUGUGGGUAGUCCUGAGUGGUGGCUCCUGUGCCAAUUGCCCAGUGCUGGAUCUGCCAUGCCCUGCUUGCCAUGUAGGGGCCUUCCAGAGGCCAUGUGCCCAAGAAGCUCCAGGAGGUGGGUUUGCUGUUCCGUGCAGGGCAGCUGACGGGAUGAGGCAGGGAGGGGUAGCCACUGCCUUGUCCUGGGCUGAGCAGCCCUGCCAUCUGGGCAGCCAAACCCAGUCACCUGCAAGGGGGCAGGGGCCAAGCCUGUCUCAUGCUGUUUAUCAUGAGGGUCCCUGGGGCUGAGCUGCAGGGAGCCAGCAUUUUAUCUGAGAAGUUUUCAGACUGUCAGAGAGCUUUGUAAUUAACCGCAGUGCCCUUUACCCCACUCCCACCAUGGGCAGCAUGCCCACUGCCACCGGGACAACAUGCUGCUGGCCAAGUCCAUUCACCGCUGGGUCUUGGUGUCUGUCUGAUGACAGGGAGCGCUGUGUUUGGACCCAGUGAAGUGGGAUGUCAGCCGGCAUGCCCCAAAAGUUCAGUCUUCUCAUUAGGAGGCCUGCAUUACAAGAACUGUAUCAACAAAAAUUAUGGAAACUUGUCUCUUACACUGACAUAAUGAUUUGCUUCUUGGCCCUUAAAGCCAAAAAUGCUUACUAUCUAGCUCUUUACAAAAAACCUCUGCCCAUCACUGAGCUAGCCAUCUGUUAUUCUCUGUUCCUACUGGAUUAUUUUAAAGAAAAUCUCAGAAAAUAUGACCUUUUUAAAUAAUAAAAGGUAUUUUGUUUUGAGCUUUGAAGCAAAAGAAGCAUUGGCUGAGCAGCCAUUGAGUCUCACUUCUGUGCAGGUCCUCCAGCUUCUCAGUGGGAAUGUCCAAGUCCAUCACCUCCCUGUCCUGCCUGCUUUCGGCUCCUGGAGACCUGGUGGGGGGCCUUUGGAGCUCUGGGCAUAAGAAGACUGUGUGUGGGAAAGGGUUCUGUGUUGGCACUAACGGGUUGAUGAACCAUGGUGGAUAGUGAGUGCCUAACAGGCCACUUGGACUUCCUGUGAGGGUGCAGCCUUGCCUUCACCUCCAGCAGGUGCCUUGCUUCUCUGGAGCUCCGCAAAUCCCUCCCCAUGUGUUCUGUGGCUCCUCCUCUUACAGAGGAACAGAUUGGCAGUUUCAACUUGGCGAUUGAGGCGCUGCUCCCUGGACCUCUGGGAGAGUUUCACAGGCCAGGGGUUCUGGUUCUGCCCCUGGGAGAAGCUAGAAUGAGGGGAAAUGGCAGCCUCACCAGGUGAAUCACACGUGCUGUGGUCCAGCUUCCAGCUGGGGCAGUCCUGCACCCACAUGGCUUGGCCUGACUUUUUGGGCUCUUCAUUUCUGCCCCCCCAUGUUCAGAUGGCCAGACCCUGCAUCUGACCCUCUGUUAGUAACACCAACUAACGGCAGCAUGUGGACUGGCCUCUCCCGGGUCAGUCUUUGUGCUAGUGGUUUUGACUCUCCCUGCAGUGCUGUGAGGCCACCAUAGCACAGUUCUCCAGGUGAGGAAAUGAAGAUGGAGAAAUUAGAUGUGGGCUCAGGGUCCUACAGCUGCCAAUGGCUGAUCCAGGAGGAGGAUGCAGGCAUCUGGGUCCAGGUCCUACACUCUGUUGGAGACACGUGGGGCAAGUUCCUGCAUAUGCCACUAGUGUUUGUCCUGAGACCAGCACUGGGCUUGGUGCACCCUGUGUCGGGAAGCGUUUGUGGGGCUCAGUUAAGGACAGAAGACAAGGGGAUUGUUGUGCGUUCCUUCCGCCUUCCCCUUGCUGUGUAAAAACUUGUUACCGUAUUCUCUAAUGCUCAUGUAUUUAGAGUGAUUUAUUUCUUAAAAUGUAACUUACCCACUUUCACCAGAUUGGGUGGCUCUUUUGUAAAGGUGGUGGGAAUCUCUUGGGAUGGUGUGCCCUUGAAUGGGCGACAUGGACGUGACAGGUUUGGGGAUGGGUGUCAGAAGUCAUACUGCCACGUUAUUUUUGUACCUGAAAUAAAGCAUGUUUUGCACUUGUUACUGUACCAUUGUGCAGAUGAGAAAUCUGUGGGAUCUGUGCUUGGGUCAGAAUGCAAAUAAAACUCAUUUGUAAGAAAGCCCCUUG